UGGCGUAGAGAUAACAAACUCAUAUUAAGGUCAGAUAUCUAAAACAUUCUUUAAAUGGCGGACGUUAAACAUUAUAGAAAAGAAUGGUAUAUGGCGAAAUUACUGUUAUUUGGAAUAGUGUUGCUGGCUUUAGAUGGGAUAUGUCACGGAUAUAACAUGCAGGAUUACUGCAACCAGGAGUUUAGUUUCAUCCUCAAAGAUGAACAACAAAUUGAGCUCAAAAUGGAUGACGAAUACAUCUAUGAACUCCAUCAUAAUAAUUAUCCGUACGGAAGCACGGACAGAGUGUGCGAGACUACGUUUGAAGCCUGGUAUUCGUACUAUUCUGACUUCAUGAUCUAUUUUGAUGAUUUAGACCUAGACUGUAGCGAUGGACAUCUUGAGUUUUACAGUGGCAAAAGUGGACACUCGAGAGUCAAUGGAUUGGAAGGAGAGAUUUGUGGGUCUAGUAAACCGAAUAGUGUUUAUACAGUAAAAGACAUGUCUUUCAGAAUAAGAUACGUCCCAAAGAAACGUCAGUAUAUUAGUGAUAUAUUCACAGUGGUCAUAACAGCUUAUGGUACAGGAUAUUGUCCCAGCUAUGGACACACGUGUUCUAACGGAAGAUGUAUAGAUGAUGAUAUAGUGUGUAAUGGUUAUAACUCGUGCGGUGACAAUUCAUCAUGUGAUCUAAGCACGGGUGCUAUAAUUGGUAUUGUUGUCGGGGCUGUGGCUGGGUUAGCUAUUGUCAUCAGUGCGAUCAUUUGCUGUAUAUGCUGUGCAAAACGAACUGGGAUGAGGCAAGGAACGACUGUGCAGAAUACAGGUGCACCUGUUGUUGUAUAUACCGCACAGGACCAGAACCGAUACAGUCAACCUAUGUACGGAGUGAAUCAGCCUAUGUACGGAGUGAAUUACAACAUACCCCCGGGACAACAACAGUCUGUCACUAUACAAAAUCAGGGUUCGCCGUAUCCUGCCAGCUCUGCCAUGUAUCCAACUGUACCGUCUGACAACAACAUCAAUAAUCAAAGUGCUGCAGGCACUUACAAUGUGCCUUCAUAACAAAACAACGUCAUAUGUAAACUACGUCAUCACGAUACAAUGUUAUGAAAUAUUCAAUAUAAGAGCUACUGAAUGACUAUAAGAAUAUGUCUAACCUGUGUGACUCACAAAAGCUUGUACCUCAAUAUCUAGGGAAACAUCAAGAACAAAAUGUAUCCCAUAACAAUAAGCGAACAGUUGAUAAACUUGCAUCAUUUUUAAUUCAUGUGUAAAACUGCCUCUUAGUUUUAUACUGGACAAUAACAGACUACGUAAAUAUAUUCAGAAUUAACAUUUUGUAUCUUAAUGGGUAAAAAAUAUGGGUAAUUGGAAAAAGCUGUGAUAUAUAUCAUUUUGUAAUGUUUUAUAAAAAAAUUUCAUUUUCAUCGUA